CCAUCCCCCAACCAGGCCGAGUAUUUACCGGGCACUUACUCCGCAUCUAGACGAGGUCGGGUUAGGGUCAAGCGUCAAGCGUCAAGCGUCAACAUACUAUCCGUGGGGAUCCUUGCUGCGGUGAUUUCCGUCAUUUCUCGCCCUCCUCAUCCGACUCCAGCCACGCGACCACCUCGGCAACCGGCCCGAUGAGACGGCGGACACGGCGCAGUGUCGUCCACCUGAUCUUCUUCGUCGGGAUUCUGUGUCUCAUCCUCUUCCUUAACCGACCGUCGCCACCCAGCCGGUCCUUCGCCUGGACCACCGUCUCGUAUGAGACCACCGCUACCCGCCUGCCCGAGGCCCGGGGCGAAUGUCCCGGUCUGGCAGAGACCGACAAACCCGUCCUGAUCGUGUCGCGGGUUGCCGCGGAUGACUCCAGCUGGCUCGCGCCGCUGGCGGAGCGGUAUCACCUCUGCGUAUACACGGCGGACGCACCGCGCGACCCGCGGUCGAAGCAGCUGCAGGUGCCGGCCAACCGGGGCCAUGAGGCGAUGGGCUACCUGACCUUCCUGAUUGACAACUAUUCCCAUCUCCCCGCGGCGGGGAUGGUCUUCGUGCACGGCUCGCGCUGGGCAUGGCACAACGAUGCCCCGGACUACGACAACGCGGCGCUGCUGGCCGCGCUGAACAUCACCACCGCCCUAGCACCCUGGGGGUACCACAAUCUCCGGUGCGACUGGAGCGUCAGCACCUGCUCCCCGAAGACGCCCGCCCAAGGCAGCCUGGAGCUGUCGAUGCAGUCUGUUCUGGAGCCGUGGAGCGCGCGGACGGCGUCGGACGUGGCUCUGCCGGGCGCGCUGGCCUCCCUCUUCGGCGGUGAUCUCGAGAGCAGCCGCGUGCUGCUGGGUCGGAACGACGCGGUGCGGGCGCAAUGCUGCGCGCAGUUCGUGAUCAGCCGCGAGAGCGUUCGACAGCACACGCGGGACGAGUACGUCGCGUUGCGGCAGUGGCUGCUGGAUGGGAGGGACGAGAGCCUCUCGCCCAACCGCCGAGCGGCGCCACGGGAUGACCGCGUUGCGGGCCGCAUCUUGUCUUAUGUGUGGCACAUCUUGUUCAUCCAGCGCCGGAACCUUUAUCCGGAGGGGCUGGGCGGGAGUAUCGACCUGGAGCGACUGAAUUCGAUUGCGUGUCCCCGAGCGGAAGACUGCUACUGUCGCCUGUAUGGACGGUGCGAUCUCUCGCCGUGCAGCGACGGGACUUGCUAUGGGCAGUACCAGCUGCCUCGGGAUUUCAAGGUUCCGGAGUGGGUGACUCAGGGGAAGGCAUGAAGGGCUACCGUAGCAGAUGGUGACGGGAUAGACUUUUGUUUCUUUGGCGAGGAUGAAGCCUGGCAAGGACACCCAGUCAUCAAGGCAUCAAGGCAUCAAAGCAACGUCUUCAGGCAUCAAGUGCUCGGGCGAUGCUCUCAGGCACCAAAUUGUCCAGCGUAUUUUGUAAUGCAUUUACUUGUUUCCUCCAGAGGAUCAAGCUAACAGCUUCUAUUCUAUCUAAAUAUUCUUCUUCUUCUA